CUUUGAUGCGAGGUCAUGGGAAGGCUGCUGCUGCUGGUCGUGACGGCCCAGGUGCUCCACCUGGUCCGAGCCGGAUGUCCUUCCGGCUGGCUCAAGAACGGCGGAGAUUGCUACUACUUCCAGGGGACCAAGACCACCUACACCCAGGCACCGUUCUACUGCGACAGCCUGGGCGGCGCUUUCUUCGCCGUUCCCCGGUCGUCGUCUGAGAACGACUUCAUCGGGAGCAAUGUGAAGUACCCGUCGACGUGGUUGGCGGCCGUGAGACCCAUCAGCAACCCCCGGCAGGAGUACGGCCAGUAUGCAAACUAUGACUCGACGACAGGAAACGUUGGUGAUGAUUACACCUACAUGUACCCCAGUCAGUGGAAGAACGGGAACUGCGACGGAAAGAGGUCUUACAUCUGUGAGUCAAAGGCGCGCGUGGGCUUGACCUGCACACCUUCAUCCUACUCCCCCAGCUUACUCGGCGACACGACAAAAUGCUUCAAGAUCUAUUACGAGUCAACAGCCACUUUCAAUCAGGCCAACGACAGGUGUAAGAGCGAUGGAGGCCAGUUGGUGGUCUUCAACAAUGAAGUCUACCGUCAAGAUAUCGAUAAAGCUUUCAAAGAUCUUUCUGUCACCUCACCAGAAAAUUUCACCAACAAUCAGUUCUGGAUCGGCUACCGUCGCGGAGAUGAUGACAACUCCAAUUCAGCGUCCUUCAGCUGGUUGGACGGGACGACGAGGGCAGUCGAGAACUGGUACCCCGGCUACCCAACGGACAGCACCAACAAGAACAAGGUCAACUGCGCCUACAUCUUCCCCUCCAGGUGGAGCACCGUUUCAGCGUUCGAUGCAGUUGUAGGGAAGCAAGAGCGGGGCUACGUCUGUCGCAAGUCUGUAGGCGCAGCACAGUACGCAGGGUCCGCAUCUCUCAUCGGAGCCGCUCGAGACUUCUUCCUGUCGUUCCUCCAGACCCUCCAAUCCUGAAUUUUUUUUCGGGCUCUUUAAUAAACCAUAUCUUCUCGUC